GCAGAUGCUUCAUUCACAGUUUAGUGUAACAAGGUCUGAGAAGCAGCUUUAUUAUUUUGUGCUUUUAUCUGGGGUCAGCGCAACACAUGAAAUAAUCCAGGAACUAUUAAAUUAAUAACUGCUGCCGAGGAAAGUCAUUCAAAGAUAACUGCAACUUACUGACUGCCAGAGCUGCCUUUGAGUGAAAUAUCUAUAACCAAAAUAAUACACAUAUUUUUUUUUUUUUUUACUUGUACAGUACAUUUUAAUCUAUUUUUUAAUUUGCCUGGUGACCGUCCUGGGCUCUCUGGAGCAAGACUCACACUGUGCCUUAAAGCUAGUAAAUAUUUAUUAAUGUCUUUAUUUUGAUCAAGGGACCUAUAGUACCAGUUUUUACCUUUUUCUCUUUGAAAAUGUCUCUGUCUAUAUGUUCCACUGGGACAGAUAUGUUCUGCAAUGAUCCAGAACACUGUGGGAUUAUAUUCCCAGAUGCAGACUGGGAGGAGGCUGCUACACUGAACCCCAAAAGCGCCUUAAAAGCCGGAUUAGAUGCCAACGCACGAAAAAAAUACUCAUUUGCAAAAAAGAAGGCAUUUGCUCUUUUUGUCAAAGAAUUGCAGCAAGCUCCCGAUUUGGUUCAAUCUGGCUAUGGGAACGAGACUCGGUGGAGAUGCUGUGAGCUGGAGUUUACGCACCAGGCAGCAGUACACAAACAUGUCGCUGCUCAGCAUGAUAAUGACAUCUUACAAAGAACUGAAAGCGUUCUAGAACAACUUAUUAGAACUGAAGCUUCCACCGCCGUGCCAUGUACUGACCUCUCCGAUAAUAUAUGUUCUUCAAGGGAUAUUUCCUGCUACAAAUGUGAGAUUUCCGACUGGUUGCCAGACACAAGUCAUUUCAGCCAAGAUGACCUGACAAGUGAACCAGGUGAAGUGCUCUUAUAUUACUGCUACUGUGAAUUAACAGACCCUCAGUGGGUCUGCAACUGGCAAAGGGCUUUGUGUCAGCUUCUGCAUCUCACCGGCAAGAUCCGCAUUGCUACAGAAGGAAUAAAUGGAACAGUGGGAGGAAGCAAGCUAUCUACCAAGCUUUACAUCAACACUAUGCUGUCUCUUCCUUUAUUUAAGAAUAUCAUGUCCUUGGAAGAUUUCAAGACAAGUGAUGGUGGAGCACAGUGUUUUCCAGACCUUCGAGUUGGUAUUUUCCAAGAGAUUGUGCCAAUGGGAAUUGAUCCACUUCAAGUUUCCUAUAAAGAUACAGCUGUUCACCUCUCUCCAGAAGAAUUUCAUAAAAAAGUGGGAAAGUAUUUAUUUGAAGCUCAAGAAGAAAAGAACAACACUAUUUUACUAGACUGCCGUAACUUUUACGAAAGCAAAAUAGGAAAAUUCGAAAAUUGCCUCGCCCCAGACAUCAGGAAAUUCAGCUACUUCCCAAACUAUGUUGAUCAAAACCUUGAGUUAUUUAAAGAUAAAACAGUACUGAUGUAUUGUACGGGUGGAAUCCGCUGUGAACGUGGCUCUGCUUACCUCAAGUCAAAGGCGUCAUGCAAAGAAGUCUACCAGCUCAAAGGGGGGAUCCAUAAAUAUCUGGAACAGUUUCCAGACGGAUUUUUCCGUGGGAAACUUUUUGUGUUUGAUGGACGUUAUACCAUUUCUUCCAACAGCGACAUCAUAUCAAAUUGUCGUUAUUGCGGAGCUGCAUGGGACAAAUACAAGCUAUGCUCCACAACACGCUGCUGCCAGUUAGUUUUAACAUGCAUGCUAUGUCAGGACAGAGGCCUCACCGCAUGUUGUCCCACAUGCCAAGAGAAGGGAAUUGAGACUCAUUUUAGGGAUCACCAGCAACACUUCAGAGAGGAAUGUGAAUGCACAGAAAAGAGACCCAAGAUACCAACAGAGAUAGUUUAACCAGAACUAUUAUUUUUCACAUUUGUUUACACCAGGAUUGGCGAUUGUAACUUGCCAUAACACUUGUACAACCUG